UGGCGCCCGAAGCGAGCGCCUGCGCCGAGCGGAGCCGAGCGGAACCCAGCGAGGGGCGGACACGCGGACGCCCGCUCGGCCCCGCGCCGCCGCGGCAGGCCCGGCAUGGAGGCGGAGUGCCGGGUGCUCUCCAUCCAGAGCCACGUCGUCCGCGGCUACGUGGGCAACCGGGCGGCCACGUUCCCGCUGCAGGUUUUGGGAUUUGAGAUCGACGCGCUGAACUCUGUCCAGUUUUCCAACCACACAGGCUAUGCACACUGGAAGGGUCAAGUGCUGAACUCAGAUGAGCUCCAUGAGCUCUACGAGGGCCUGAAGCUGAACAACGUGAACAAAUAUGACUACGUGCUCACAGGUUACACGAGGGACAAGUCCUUCCUGGCCUCGGUGGUGGACAUCGUGCAGGAGCUGAAGAAGCAGAACUCCAAGCUGGUGUACGUGUGUGACCCGGUGAUGGGUGACGAAUGGAAUGGCCAAGGCUCCAUGUACGUUCCAGAGGAUCUCCUUCCCGUUUACAAAGAGAAGGUUGUGCCGGUUGCAGACAUUAUAACCCCCAACCAGUUUGAGGCUGAGUUACUGAGUGGCAGGAAGAUCCACAGUCAAGAAGAAGCGUUAGCGGUCAUGGACGAGCUGCACGCGAUGGGCCCUGACACGGUGGUCAUCACCAGCUCCAACCUGUCCUCACCGAGGGGCAGUGACUACCUGACUGCGCUGGGGAGCCAGAGGAUUCGGAAACCCGAUGGCUCUGUGGUGACAGAACGCAUCCGCAUGGAGAUGCACAAGGUCGAUGCGGUCUUUGUGGGCACCGGGGACCUCUUCGCCGCCAUGCUCCUGGCGUGGACGCACAAACACCCCAACAACCUCAAGGUGGCCUGUGAGAAGACCGUGUCUGCCAUGCACCACGUUCUGCAGCGGACCAUCAAAUGUGCAAAAGCCCAGGCAGCGGGAGGGCUGAGGCCCAGCCCGGCGCAGCUGGAGCUGAAGAUGGUCCAGAGCAAAAAGGACAUAGAGAACCCGGAGAUCGUGGUCCAGGCCACAGUGCUGUGAGGCCCGUGUUCCGCACCCCAGUGCCCGGCGUGUGGUGUCUCCCUUGUCGUCCUGUGAAAAUGUAGCGUCUGCCUUAGAGCUGUGACUGAAACGUGGUCUUUUUUCCUUUAUGAGUGUCCGGCAUCAACUGGUCUUAUUGUGAAAAUGUGCUGGUCGUGCUUUUCAAAAGUAACAAAGCAAUCACAGAAAUCUGUAAUUUGGGGAACGCGGCCCCCCGCGGCUCUACUGUUGGGGUGCGGUGAGUCCCGUCCCGAGUGGGCUGGGGCUGCGGGAGCCCGGGCUCUGUGUGUCCCCAAGGAAGACUUGGGUCCUAACCAUUUGCGUCUGGAAGAAUUAUGCCAAAUCUCUGUGUUGUCUUUCUGACCUGACCCUCUCUGCUCCCACUUCAGACAUUUUGUUUGUCACUUAGCUGUUGGGUAGGUCACCAGGGAAGGUUUCCCUGCGGGGACGGAUUGACAGCAGCUGGCCCGGCACGCCCAGGCACUGUGCAGUCAUGCUGGGGGGCACCUUUCCGGGACCCUGAACAUUCAGACUGGUCUGCACGUGUCAUGCCCAUCUGUGGGCCCGGGGACCUGCUGGGUGACAUGAUGGAGACGAGGAAAGGUCCUGUGGGUCAAGGACAGCUUGUGGGAGGACUAGCACAUGUGUUCCCUGUUUUGUGGCACGGCAGGUCGAGUACGCACUGUGUUUGCCCCCCCCCCCGCCUUGCCAGGAACAGAUGCAUCGAGCCAUGGUGCCGGUGCAGAGAUGGGUACAGGAGGGCAGCGGGGGAUGCCUGCCCUUCCCUGCUCGGUUCCGCAUUCUGUGCCAGCCAGAAGCCAGGAAGCAAGAGGCCCCUCGAAAAGCCAGCUGCAGCUGCGCCCGCCCCUCACAGGAGAGGGUGUCAGCACCUCGGGGAGGGGCUGGGGCAGAGCGCCAGGGGAGCAGCUCCCAGAUGCCUCUGGCAGAGGCCACAACCUAGGUUUUGACACCAGGCUGGUUGUCCACUCCUGGGGCCACCUCCCUGGCCCCACUUUGCCCAGAAGUUUGAGGACCCCCAGGUGUGGCUGCAAGCAGGGAGGGGUGCCCAUCCUGAAGACUCAGCCUGCCUCAACCUCAGCACCUGGCCCCCGAGCCCCCAUCCCCACCCGGGGGGGUACUCCUCUCCCAGGAGCCCACAGCCUGCAGGAUGGAGGGGGGCAGAUGGCGGCCCCUGGGAAAGCAAGCCCUCCCCAGGGAGCCCCCAUGCAGGUCCCGUCGUGCAGCCCGCACCCCCUUCUGCGGCAGUUGCCCGUGGCCUCCGGACCACUGCCACCCCCUCAGUGCUGUGUUCUCCACUCCGAUGAAGACUCCCCAGAACCAAGAAACGCUGGCUCCAUGCUGUUCCAUGCACUUUUCUUUCUUCCCAGUCUGUCCACGUCCUGAGUGUCUUAACUUAUGCAUGAGUGCCCGACAGCCCGUGCACAGGCUCGGCGGUUGGCUCCCACAGCGGGCUCAGGUCAGGGUGUCUGUGUCCCUGUCCUGUGUCCUGGUUCUGAGGACCGGGCUCCGCUUAGCCCUGGGGCAGAGCCCGGCCGCCUGUCACUGCCAAGCAGAGCUGGGGAGAUGGCCGUGCCACCAGCCAGCAAGUUUCUCCCCCUCUUUUUUCAUGUCGAGAGCAAGGGGAAGGGGAAGGAAUCUAAAUGUGUCUCUCCCCAGUGGGACGACGGAAAAGCCUCCCCGGAGCUAUGGUGUAGGGCAGAAGGGCUCGCCGUGUGUGUGUCCGGUGGCCUUGGGGCACACCCCGCAAACCCCGUUCGAUUCCCUGUUCUUUAUCUUUUAUUUCAGAGGCUUAGCCUUUGUGUUCCACUCAGUUCCUUUGCUUCCCUUUACUAUAUGUAGGAUGAUAAUUAUUCCACUCAUAAAGCUUCCUGUCACAUCGUGAACUUUCUGGCGGGAUCCAGGACGUUUUCCUCUGUCUCCUCUGACUGUGAAGCCCCGAGCACUGGGAGAGGUGGUGUCGGGCGCUCUGCACUCGGCAGCUGGAACCGGGCAUCCUGAGAGCCUCUGCAGAGUGCGGGGCUCCUGUAGAAACAUUCAGGGGUGCCUGGGUGGCUCAGCUGUUAAGCGUCUGCCUUCGGCUCAGGUCAUGAUCCCAGGGUCCUGGGAGCCUCCUUGGGAGACUGUCCAACCCUCCAGCUCCCAGCAAGGUGUGUGUAUCCCGUGCUGCUGCUGAGCCCAUGCGAUCCUAGGCUCGGUCCUCCGUGCACAUAGAGGCCCUGGCUUGUCUGUGCUUAGAAUUUCCCACCCAGAAGUCCACCAUGGUCAUUAGCAGUGGUUUUUUUUUUAUACAGGUUGGGUCCAAAUUAGAAUUAAUCUUUGUUUCUACUUUCCAUAGUUUAGUAACAUGCAAAGUAAUAAUUAUAUAUUUUGAGAUGAGAGAUGUAUUGGUCCUAAAUCGCCUGCUUAUGACCAGAGUACAGAUUUCAAUAGUUUUUCAAAGCUUCUGUGAACUUAAAGAUGAAUUACAAACUAUCCUUUUUUAAAAACCAUUUUCAAAAAUCAUUGCCAAGUUCUGCUAAGGUAAUCGUGUUAAUCUGCAUUAUUUUUGUAAUAUAUGUCAGCGAUGAUACAAAUGAUGCUUUUCUCGUCCUGUUCUUAAAUUUGCUGCAACCAGUUUUUAAAA